GAGAGCGGGCGCGAUGCCGGUCCAUUCGAGGGAGAAGAAAGAAAACAACCACGAUGAUAUGGAGGUGGACUACGGGGAGAAUGAGGGCAGCAGCUCCGAGGAAGAGGAGUCCGAGAGCUCGUCCGUCUCCGAGGAGGGGGACAGCUCAGAAAUGGAUGAUGAAGAUUGUGAAAGAAGAAGAAUGGAGUGUUUAGAUGAGAUGUCUGACCUUGAAAAACAGUUUACAGAUCUCAAAGAUCAACUUUACAAAGAGAGGUUAAGCCAAGUGGAUGCAAAGCUACAGGAAGUCAUUGCAGGAAAGGCACCAGAGUACUUGGAACCAUUGGCAGCUCUGCAAGAAAACAUGCAAAUCCGAACAAAAGUGGCGGGUAUCUACAGAGAACUCUGCUUGGAAUCCGUGAAAAACAAGUAUGAAUGUGAAAUCCAGGCUUCCCGGCAGCAUUGUGAGAGUGAAAAGCUCUUGUUGUAUGAUACUGUUCAGAGUGAAUUAGAAGAGAAAAUCAGACGACUUGAAGAAGACCGACAUAGUAUUGACAUUACCUCAGAGUUAUGGAAUGAUGAACUUCAGUCUAGGAAAAAAAGAAAGGAUCUAUUUAGUCCAGAGAAGAAAAAACCGGUUGUUGUAUCGGGGCCCUAUAUUGUGUAUAUGCUACAAGAUCUUGAUAUACUUGAAGACUGGACAACAAUAAGGAAGGCAAUGGCUACAUUGGGACCACAUAGAGUGAAAGCAGAACCACCUGUCAAGUUGGAAAAACACCUACACAGCACACGAUCUGAGGAAGGAAAACUCUAUUAUAAUGGGGAAUGGUAUGGACGUGGACAGACAAUAUGUAUUGAUAGGAAAGAUGAAUGCCCUACAAGUGCUAUAAUUACAACAAUUAACCAUGAUGAAGUGUGGUUUAAGAGGUCUGAUGGAAGCAAAUCCAAACUAUAUAUUUCCCAACUACAAAAAGGAAAAUAUUCCAUCAGACAUAAUCACAACUGACUAUUAAACUAACCAGACAGUGUUAGCCUGCUUGAAGUGUCAUAAGAUGGAAAAUGUAUUUACUAUGUGCUCUCAUCUAUCUUUGUGGCUGUAUCUGUGUAUUUUUAGUAGUACAAGUAAUCUUCAUGCAGACAUUUUAGAAUAGGUAACACAUAAUCAUGUUGAACAUGACAUUUUGCCUCUAAUUUGCGUUCAAUGCGUGACACAGAAAAUAGCUUUGGAUUGCCUGGAAUUCAUGGUUAAGACUGCAGUCCUAUAAAGCUUUGUGCAUGCAUGAACUAGAAUUGUGCAUAGUGGUACAAGGCACUUUUAUUUAUAU